AACGGGGGCCGCCCUCCAUUCCGCGGGUACGGUGGCCGGUAAGGGCCUUUCGGCGCGUUUCCUGGUUCCCUGUGAGGCCGCGGCCUGUGGCGGGGCUCGUCCGCCGCUGGAUCCCCACCGGCGGCGAUGGAUUUCUCCAGGUUCCUAUCGGAUGAUUUUGAGGUGAAGAGCUGGGUGAACGCGGCUUUCCGGGCCGUGCAGCAAGAAGCCCCCGGCAAGGUGGAUGCCCACGCCGCUACUCUAGUGAUGAAGUUGCAGCUCUUCAUCCAGGAGGUCAACAACGCGGUGGAAGAAACAAGCCAUCAGGCUCUCCAGAACAUGCCCAGAGUCCUCCGUGAAGUGGAAGUCUUGAAACAGGAGGCAACAUUCCUGAAGGAGCAAAUGAUCCUUGUUAAAGAAGAUAUAAAGAAAUUUGAAGAAGACACAGCUCAGUCAAUGCAGGUCCUGGUAGAGAUUGACCGAGUGAAAUCUAGAAUGCAGUUGGCUGCCGAAUCUCUUCAGGAAGCAGACAAAUGGAGCACGUUAAGUGCAGACAUUGAAGAGACUCUUAAAACACAGGAUGUGUCUGUGAUUUCAGCCAAACUCACGAGCAUGCAGAGCAGCCUGGCUAUGCUUGUGGAUACGCCGGAUUACUCCGAGAAGUGUGUGCAUCUUGAGGCUCUGAAGAACCGACUAGAAGCCAUGGCCAGCCCUCAGAUUGUUGCUGCUUUUAACUCCCAGUCUGUAGAUCAGGCAAAAACGUUUGUUAAAGUCUUCACUGAAAUUGAUCGGAUGCCCCAGCUUCUUGCUUAUUAUUAUAAAUGUCACAAGGUGCAGCUGGUGGCAGUGUGGCAGGAUCUUUGCCAAAGUGACUUAAGCUUAAAUCGCCAGUUGACUGAACUGUAUGACACGCUCCUUGGGACGUGGCACUCACAACUUCAGUGGGCUACUCAGGUUUUCAAGAACCCCCAUGAAAUUGUGACUGUAUUGUUGAUUCAAACUCUGGGAGCACUGGUGCCUUCCAUCCCUGUCUGCCUCAGCACUGCCAUGGAGAGAACAGGCCAAGAAACCAAGCUGAAUAAGCUACUGGAGCUCUACGAUGCCACCAUCCACUUCGCAAAAGGGCUGGAAGUAGCAAUGCUGCCAAACCUGAAGGAGCAGAACCUGGUAAAAGUGAUGGAACUGGUGGAAGCAGUGUAUGGUCCGUACAAGCCCUAUCAACUUGAGUAUGGAGACCUGGAAGAAGAAAAUCUCCUCAUUCAGAUCAGUGCAGUGCCCUUGGAGCAUUGGGAAGUAAUUGACUGUGUCCAGGAACUGAACCAUUCAGUCAACAAACUCUUCAUUCUGGCUUCUGGAGCCAUCGACAACUGCAUUAAACUCACUGAUGGACUGGGAGUGUGUGGGCUCCUUAAGGCCCUGAAAGCUCUGUUCACAAAGUAUACAUCUGACUUUACAAAUACAUUGCAGUCUAUACGAAAGAAAUGUAAACUGGAUGAUGUGCUAUCAGAUUCUCUUUUCCAGGAGGACUGGACUGCAUUCCAAAACUCUGUCCGGAUAAUUACUACCUGUGGUGAACUCCUUCGUCAGUGUGGAGACUUUGAGCAGCAACUGGCCAACAGGAUUUUAUCAACUGCUGGGAAGUAUCUCUCAGACUCCUACAGCCCUUGUAGUUUUUCUGGCUUUCAGGAUACCAGUUCUGCAGACAAGAAGAGCUCUAUAAAGAAUCCCUGGCAGGAAUACAAUUAUCUUUUGAAGGAGAAUGCAUCCGAGUAUGCCAGCCUUAUGGAAACACUUUACACUCUCAAGGAAAAAGGCACCAGUAACCACAACCUGUUGUCUUCAUCUCGAUCUGCCCUAAGCCGCCUCAACCAGCUGGCACACCACUUGGCUUUUGAUUCUGUUUUUCUUCGCAUCAAACAACAACUCUUACUCGUUCCAAAGAUGGAGGGCUGGAGCUCUGGUGGCAUUGGUGAGACCCUGACAGAUGACCUGCCAAACUUCAGCCUGACUCCUCUGGAAUAUAUCAGCAACAUUGGGCAAUACAUUAUGUCUCUUCCUCUUCAUCUUGAGCCAUUUGUCACUCAAGAGGAUUCUGCUUUGGAACUGGCAUUACAUGCUGGAAAACUGCCUUACCCCCCAGAACAAGGAGAUGAAUUACCUGAGCUGGACAACAUGGCUGACUAUUGGCUGGGCUCCAUCGCCAGAGCUACGAUGCAAACGUACUGCGAAGUCAUCCUGCAAAUACCAGAGCUCACCGUACAUUCGACGAAGCAGCUUGCCACAGACAUUGAUUAUCUAAUAAACAUGAUGGAUGCCCUUGGCCUUCAGCCAUCAAGAACACUGCAGAAUAUUGUAACUCUGUUGAAGGCAAAACCAGAGGACUACCGGCAAGCCGCAAAAAGUGUGCCCCGCAGAAUGGCCAGCAGCAUCGCAGCGAUGAGAGGCCUGGAGUGUUAGCUGUAACGUCCCUGCUGCUGGACACUGUUCAAGAGCUGAACUUUCUUGGGUUGUUUUUACUUCCCUAUAAACUUUGCAAGGACAGUGAAAAUGUCUCUGGGAAUGAGGGGAAUUUAUUUCUGAAUAACUUUUAAUAAAUGUCUUUGUCUAGGAAAAGCUCGUUCCAUUUUUCCACCUUUAGAAAUGAGGAAAGAUGUCCUACAGCCAAAUUUACCAAAAACUAUCUGGAUGACCUUGAGUAGGCUGAGCAGCGCUGGCUUCUGACUAGAAACGUUCUGCCGGUUGCUGGAGAGUUCAUGCUUCGUGGCGGUGAGAUGACUGUCUUUUUCAGAAAAUUUAAUCAAUUCUGAAUCUAAAAUUAUGGGGUAGGUGCAACAAAGAUCGACUGAUUGGAAGCUUUUCUACCUGGAGGCAAUCGUUAUUGCUCAAGUCUGUCAUUAUUCACAAAGUCAAGAAGACAGUCUCGUCAGUGAGCAGAUGAGGCAUGAGCAAGCUCAACCCGGAGAAUAAAACCAGUUUUGUAGGUUGUUCCUUGUGCGAUUAAUGUAUUCUACUGAAAGCUAUGAAGUUUAUAAGAAAUUUAAUGGAAGUGUUGUUUUCGUGUAAAAUUUAUUAAAGCUUGGUAUAUAGAUCUUUGUAAAACAACUCGUCCAGACUAAGUAUGCUUCCAGCGCUCCCACAGCUUUUUUUCUUAGGAAAAAAUUGGACAAAAUUCAAAGAGGGCCCAAAACUGGAAUGCCAAAACUCUUCUGGUUUGGAGGGGAAACAACAUCUUUCUUCCCCUUAUCUUAUCCUCUUACCACCAGAUGCCAUGGGAGAACGAUUCUUUUCCCAGUGUCCGUGUCUUUGCCUCUUCUUUCCUUAAUUUAGUUCCGGCUGCUCUAACCAGUGUUUAGCCCAAUCCACAAAUUUUUCUGCUGUCUUUGCUUUUUGGCUGUUUUUUUUUUCCCAGGCAGCCUCUAUCUUUCGGACAGCUGUCAGUUCUCAUCCCAGUUUGGGGAGGCGAGGAGAGCAGAGGUGCUUUAUAAUCGGUUCUUGGGUUUUGUGGAUUUUGGCACCUAAAAAAAUUUCAGAGCUGGGAAGUAAAAUUUGUUGCCUGGAUUUUUUUUUUUUUUUCUUGGCAGGGUUUUCAGUUAGAUGGUUCCUCUUUUGUGUCAGGGUAUGAAAAGUCUAUUAAAAAAAUCCCCAAAAGAGUGGGAAAUUUGGUACUGUGGUGUUGAGACUUCUCAGGUGUCUCGUUUGGCUGCGAUUUGUGAAGCCUUUCCCCUGGAGAGCUCUGUGCCCGGUCCCGCUCCGUGCGCAGCUGAGGCUCCCAGCGGCUGCACUGCUGCUGCAGCAACAGAAACCCAAAAACCCUUGUGCAUGUACACUUACCUGCAAUCGGUCCAUUUGGGGGAGAGAGCCAAGCCAGUAAAGAGCCGAAGUCAAGUACCUGAGACACUUUCUGCUUUUAUUAGUUUGUCAGACGCCCUCUAUAAACCAGCAGUAACUGGAAUAGUAAACUGUCCGUGUCCUGCCAAAGAACAUGCUGUUCUCUGAGAUAGGUGAAUCUCGCUGUUCGUGCCUCUCCCAUCCUUCUCCUGCCUCGUUACUAGAAGGCGAGGAUUUUUGAUGCUGUUCUUUGCCUACUGCUAUUGCAUUUCAGAGGGCGAACGGCCCCGGGCAGGCACCCAACUGGAGCUGGAGGUGUGAGAAGCUGGAAGGUGCAGACACCUGAGACCUGCUGCUGCCUUUUCUGUCCGUUACAGCUCUGUGGCAGCAGACGCCGGAGCCCACCCCAGCAUGUCGGCAGCCGAGGUGCUGCGUUCCAAAGUGCCUCGGAGAGGGCUGGCCUGGGAAAACAGCUCUGCCUUCCCCCUCUCUCUGCAGCCUGUCUCAUUGCAGCGAGCUCCUCACGAUUUCAUCAGCACGAGGAACAGGCCCAGGGUGUUCCACGCAGAAAAGCAUCUGAUGUCGCUGCAGUGUCUUUGUGUUUGAACAGCUAUUCGGGUUCCCGCACAACCGGACUUAUUGGUAGUGAUGUUGACAGUGUUAUCUGUUGGUGAGAGUGUGAGAAUAGAUGCCCAGGUUUUUGUUCUCAGCUUUCCUAGUGUUUUAAGCAAUUGUUCCAUUGUGUCUUUUGCAGGGAGAGGUGUUUUUUCACUGUUGUGAAAUCGUUUGGAGGUCUUUGUCAAGAUAAGUAUUAGCUUGCGUGCAUACAUUGAGCACUGAAUUGGGCGGGUGUCAGGUGCUUGUUUCUGACUG